AUGCGGGAUCGCCGCGUGGAGCUGCGGUUUCACCCCGCCAUGCUGGCCUCGCUGGUGCUGCUGGUCAUGAUUGCCUUUGCGCUGGGCUACCGCCACGGCGUGACGACGUGGGAGAGGGACUUCCUGUCCAAGUACGAGAAGAGCCGGGGACAGGAGCGGCACGCCGCCGCCAUGUUGGAGGCCUGCGGCAACGAGCUCUCACUCCUCAGCGCCAACGUGUCGUCGAAUAACGAGACCAUCGACGCCGUGCAGAAUGAUAACGCGAAGAUUGAGGAGGAGAUGAAGCGGCUGUCGCAGGAGUUCAAGUUGGCCACGGAUGCGGUGGACAAGUGCAGGGCGGAGAUCACCAUCGUUGGCGAAGGGGAGCCCAAGCAGGGCGGGGCCCCCAACGCGGCGCUGACGGCGGCCGAAGGCGAGCUGCGCCGCCUGACGGAGCUGCUGGGCAACCUGACGCAGGGCGAGGGAAUGCACAGGGUGCACAUUCAUCAGUCACUGGCGUCCGUGCGGGAAGCGUACAGACUGUUCUGCAGCAAUAUGCCAGGAUGCACGCUGCUUUCGGAUGAAUCCCUUCUCCUCCGCUGGAAGGAGGACCUCGACAAUGCCUCGCAACGAUGGGUGGGGACAGAGGCCGACCGCAUGCGGCGAAUGAGGUGGAGGUACGACAAGGCGGACCCGAAGGACAGGGAGGCCAUUUACCUCCCGGAGGGGGAGGAGGGGGAAGGGAGGAAGCAGCUCACCUAUUUUGGCCGCACAGGUAGCCCCGCACUUUUGUUCGGCCAGGACAAGGAGCCUCAGGUUGUCGUGGCCACCGUGCUGGAGCGGGUGCUGCUUCUACAGCAGUUCGCCCUCUGCGCCUACCGCAAUAAUGAGCCCAACGUCACUUUCCCCUCGAUAUUUCAGCGGAAAUUGAACGUUGAAAGCACCACUGCUGCUCUGCACGAUUUGGUAGAAACACCACUGGUCACUUUCUGUAUGGACUGCGCAGAGAUGGAAAAUGCGAGCGAAUUUGUGAGGUCGUGUCUACAGGACUCCGCGGGCGACGCCGGAUACGGCACCCGCGACUACUGGGCGGCGCGCUCUAUGCUGCUUCCUCACCCAGGUGUGGUGCAGGACGCAAAGAGCUUCCUUACGGCACACGCGCUCACAGCACGGAGGCUUCUGGCUGUGCUGGCGCACAAUUCGGUAGAGGACUGCCUUGCGCUUCGCGGGGAGCCGCGCGGGGAUCACUUUCUGUACCUCCGCGCCAAUUUUCCGGAGGAGCGGAGGCGCUUCGAGGCUCACGUGAGCAACAACACCCUGCAUCAGUGCUCCCCCACGGCGGCACAGCUGGUCCAGCGCAUCACGCAAGUCAUGGAGGAGGGGAAACUGAAGGGCGCGGGUUCCGGCUUUGACGCCGUGUACGUGAGCGCGCCAAGUGAGAUGUGGCGGGAGAUAAAGCGGCUUGCGACGAAGCCCGCGUGGUGGGAUGUGGCGUUGUUCCGCCCGGAGGAACCCGCCGGCGCCCACGAGGAGCUAGUGGAUCUGACGGUGGUUAGCAAGGCCGACGCGGUGCUUGUGAGCCCGUUCCUCGCACCCAGCCGGUACGUCGUGGAGAGUUUCCUGCUCUCCCAUGGGCUGCGACCGGCAAGUCGCGUGUGGUUCUUUUGA